GCUCGACGAUGCUGGCUCGAUCACUCCUGGGCGCCCUUGCGUGCGCAACAGCGGCCUGCUGGGCUACUCAGCUGCCCCUCGGGAGCACCUACCGAGAGGGCGCAGUUGCGUUUGAUGCUUCGCCGCGCAUCGAGCUGCCGCUCGCAUCGUCGUCGUCGUCGUCGUCGUCGUCGAAUGUUGUCGAGAAGAUGCUUGCGUCUCACCACGAAGAGAGGCGCGGUGGACACGUUGUGCUCACGCACUCGGACUUUCCCGAAGUGAGCGUGAGGAUCAAGCAGGUGGGCAAGAAGACGCGGCAGGUGAGCGACAUGCUGUCGCCGCUCCACACGCACAACUCGACCGACGACGAGGCCUUCUGCGACCCCACCGUGGCGUCCUACACGGGCUAUAUCGACCUCAUCGACGGCAAGUCGCUCUUCUUUUACUUUUUCGAGUCGCGGUCCAACCCUGCCAAGGACCCCGUCAUGAUGUGGACCAACGGCGGACCCGGUGCCUCGUCUGCGAUGGGCCUCUUCCAGGAGCUGGGUCCCUGCCGCGUGCCAUUUACCAACGGCACGCAGCGCGAAGGCCCCCCGAUCAACGGCACCGAGUGGUUCCGCUACAGCUGGAAUACCAACGCCAACGUCUUCUUCAUCGACCAGCCCGUUGGCGUCGGCUUCUCCUACACGCGCUACGGCGUCCACACCAGCGACACUGACCAGGGCGCACGCGACGUCUAUGCUUUCCUACGCCUCUUCUUUGCCGCCUUUGACAAGUUCCAGAGCAACGAAUUUAUCCUGUCGGGCGAGAGCUACGCGGGCCGCUACCUGCCCCGGUACGCGUCCGAGAUCGUCGACCGCAACAAAGCGAUCAAGCGCGCGGCCGACAAGAGCGGCCGCAAGAUUAAAAAGGGCGAGCUCAUCAACCUUACGCGCAUGGCCAUUGGCAACGGCCUCUCGGACAUUGCCAAGCAGAUCCCGAUGUACUAUGACUUUUCCUGCACCCACCGCUCGGGCGUGCACCCGCAGCUGUCGAUUGAGACGUGCAAGCGCCUCAAGACGAUCAAGGGACGGUGCCUGCGCGAGCUCAACGACGCCUGUCGCCAGUCGUUUGACUUUGACAGGUGUGCCCUGCAUGCGCAGGCGUGCGACGAGGAGUUCAGCAGCGCCUACAUGAGCACGGGCCGCAACCCGUACAAUGUCGAAGACGGCUGUCCGACGGGCGUGGAAAACGACCUCUGCUACCCAAUCACAAAGGACAUUGCCCGCUACCUCGACCGGUCCGACGUGCGCGAGAUCCUGGGCGUGCCGCCGGUGGGCGAGUUCAAGCACUUCAACGUCGAGAAUUUCAAGGUCAGCGAGCGCUUUGGGCGCACGGGCGACAUUCUCGUCAGCAGCGCAGACUACGUCGAGCAGGUCCUCGAGCGCGGCAUCGAGGUGAUGAUCUACGUGGGCAAGCUCGACUGGAUCUGCAACCACGUCGGCAACCUCAACUGGGUCAAGGACCUCGACUGGACCCACGGCGACGAGUUUCACGCAAAGAAGGCCUACCGCUGGCUUGUCGAUGGCAAGGAAGUCGGCGAGGCAAAGGCUGGCGGCCGGCUCCAGUGGGCCACCGUCGAAGGCGCCGGACACAUGGUACCAUACGACCAGCCCAAAGUGGCUUAUGAGCUGCUCAAGCGCUGGCUUGCCCGCCAGGACCUUUGAUCGCGCCCGCCAUCAUGCUCACCGGUAACUGCGUGGAAAGACAAGAGCAUGUAAUGUUGCUGCAAGUUAAUUUUACAGUGGUAUCAUCAUCAUCUCGCG